GUCAUGUUGCUAUGGUUACAGGAUAGCCCCGGCUCGUUUGGUUCAUUCUGUUGUAACUCAAGCGGUGGAAAGUCUUAAAAAAAACGCCGAGCUGCAUCUACAAGACCGACAAGGUCCGACAUCGUCUCCGUGACCUAAGCAAAUAGUAUCUACCGGCCGGUGUUGGUCAGACAUGUCCGGCGACCUGGCGGCAGUGUGGGAGGUCGCGCUCAGCGAUGGCGUCCAUAGGAUCGAGUUCGAACACGGCACGACCACCGGGAAACGGGUGAUACACGUUGAUGGCAAGGAGGUGCUGAGGCGGGACUGGAUGUUCAAGCUGGUGGGGAAGGAGACUUUCACUGUGGGCAAACUGAACACCAAAGCAACCAUCAACAUCGACGCGGUCAGCGGGUUCGCCUACGAAUACACCCUGGAGAUCAACGGCAAGAGCUUAAAGAAGUACAUGGAGAACAGGUCGAAGGUCACCAGUACCUGGCUGCUCAAUUUGGAUGGAGGCGAUUUGAGGGUGGUCUUAGAGAAAGAUACCAUGGAUGUUUGGUGUAAUGGAGAUAAGAUUGAGACAGCUGGUGAGUUUGUGGAAGAUGGCACGGAAACACACUUCACUCUUGGCGACCAUAACUGCUGUGUGAAGGCUGUGAGCAGCGGGAAGCGACGAGACGGGAUCAUUCACACGCUCCUCGUGGACGGUGUAGAGAUUGCCGAAUGCACAGAGUGACUUUGUGUUGAGGGGUUUGUUUGUUGGCUUUUUAAUUCCAAGAACAACAAAUGUUUUACACUGCUGAGGGCACAGGUCACUUCUUUGAUAUGUUUGAUGUACUAAAUAGCUACUGAUGGGGAGGAGAGGAUACCACAAUAUUCUGUCACACAACAAACAUAUCUGCUGUAUGAACAUUUUACGUGGCAACAUUGUGAAAACACAGGAAUAACUUUACUGUACUUGUGCUGUACGUAGAUUAUAGAUCUAUUUAUCCCGGGGUGUCCCGAUCCAAUAUUCAUGUCGGUCUGAUAUCAGUUAAAAAAAACAAGAAACAUACGGCACCUUUACUCCAAUAAGCACACAGGUUUGAUCUUUCCUUGUAUUUUAGGGAAGUCAUUUACAAAAGAUUAACAUCGUAUCGGCUUCUAGCAGCUAGCAGCUACACAGCAGCUAAGCAAACAAGCAAGUCAUACCUAAUAAGUGACCCCCCCAUUGAACAAUAUUGCACUCCUUAACACCACAUUAGUGUAUGUAAACAAAUAUCAACUAAUUAUAGUUGUACAAUGUUAUUGUACAAUUUAUGCAUACGUCUCCAAGGCAGAAGCUUAGUAGAAUAUAUCUAGUAACAAAAGUGUGCGCAUGAAUUGUUGUGGCCACCAAGGGGCGCCAAAAGUAUGUACUAUGAUUCGUGCUGAUAUCGUAUUAAAUUAAAGGCCUACUGAAAUGAGAUUUUCUUAUUUAAACGGGGAUAGCAGCUCCAUUCGAUGUCAUACUUGCUAAUUUCGCGAUAUUGCCAUAUUUUUGCUGAAAGGAUUUAGUAGAGAACAUUAUGAUAAAGUUCGCAAGUUUUGGUCGCUAUUAAAAAAGCCUUGCCUUUACCAGAAGUAGCAGACGAUGUGCGCGUGACGUCACAGGUUGUGGAGCUCCUUACAUCUGAACAUUGUUUACAAUCAUGGCCACCAGCAGCGAGAGCGAUUCGGACCGAGAAAGCGACGAUUUCCCCAGUAAUUUGAGCGAGGAUGAAAGAUUUGUGGAUGAGGAAAGUGAAGGAAUAGAAAAAAAGACUAUACAGUGGGAGUGAUUCAGAUGUUAUUAGACAAAUUUACUAGGAUAAUUCUGGAAAAUCCCUUAUCUGCUUAUUGUGUUACUAGUGUUUUAGUGAGAUUAUAUGGUCGUACCUGUACAACCUGAAGGUCUGCCCCGCACCUUUCUUCAGCACCAGUCGAUGCCCAUCCCUGCCUUUCGCAAGGGACCCUCUUCGAAACACGAUCUUUCAAAAUGAUCGCUGCAUAAUACACUGUACUUUGUGUGUGUGGUCCAAUCCAACCGUGUUCGCUUGACCGCUCUGUUCCAUAGUAAAGCUUCACCGUCAUCUUUUGGGAAUGUAAUGGUAAAUGGUAAAUGGGUUGUACUUGUAUAGCGCUUUUCUACCCCUUUUUAAGGAGCCCAAAGCGUUUUGACAGUAUUUCCACAUUCGCCCAUUAAACAAUGAAACACCGGCUGUGUUUGUGUUGCUAAAGGCGACCGCAAUACGCCGCUUCCCACCUACAGCUUUCUUCUUUGACGUCUCCAUUAUUCAUUGAACAAAUUGUAAAAGAGUCAGCAAAACAGAUGUCCACAAUACUGUGGUAUUAUGCGAUGAAAAGAGACGACGUAUAGCUGUGAGCGGUGCUGGAACAAAAUGUCCUCUACAAUGCGUGACGUCACGCGCACGCGUCACCAUAUCGAGACGUUUUAGUAUGAGACUUCCGCGCGAAAUUUAAAAUUGCAAUUUAGUAAACUAAACCGCCCGUAUUGGCAUGUGUUGCAAUGUUGAGAUUUCAUCAUUGAUAUAUAAACUAUCAGACUGCGUGGUCGGUAGUAGUGGGUUUCAGUAGGCCUUUAAUAUCAAGACUUCAGGCUCCAAUCACACAUCUAUCGUGGAAAAGUUGUAUCGGGACACCCCUACUAUUGAUUCUGUAAUUGUUUAGAAGAUUAAGUGGCAUUUACUAGGUCUGCAGCGAUCGAUUGUUUUAGUAAUCGAGUAAUCUAUCGAUUAGUUUGUUCGAAUUUUCGGAUAAAACACACUUUAUAAGCUCAAUGUGUCUUAAAAAAACAAGAUUUUUCUGCCCGUCAUAACCUUCAUUCUUUUUUCAAGAAUGAUCAACAUUGACAGUGCACUUGUAACAUGAUUGCAUUGAUAACAUGUUUUAAUAACAACUGCUGUUCGCCAGUUCUCAUGUGCACUGUGCUUCAAACUAUGUCCGCAUAUUUAAAAUUCCCGGCAAACCAGA